AUGAUUAAUGAAGGUGAAGAAGCAGCAUGUGGUUUGAAGCAAAAAGGAAAAGCUGCGUACGAGGAUGCUGAAAUGGACCCAGAGAUUGAACAUCUGAUAAGAACAUUGUUCUGGGAGAUUGAUAAUUGUCCUCAAAACCUAACAGGACAAAUACCUGUCAAGAAGAUUCUCACAAAUGAAAUUCAAGUGGAUUUUCUCUCUAAUUGGGAUUCAAUACCCUUCUUAAUGUUAUCUUUGCUUACAAUGAGCCAGUUCACUUGUUUGGUUGAAUAG